AGGGAGGGAGGGAGGAGAGACCGGAGCAGUUUGAGGUUUGAGGAGACAGCGCGUUGUUGGUGGUGGUUUCAUGAGGAGGAAGAAACAGCGAGCUCUUCUUCUGCUUCUUCUACGGAUUUAAUUUAUUAUUAUCUCCCUUCAAAAUGUGCAUCCCGUGUUGCAUCUCGCAGCUGGCCUGCUGCUGCGGCUCAGCAGCCUGCUCGUGCUGCUGUAACUGCUGCCCCAAGAUCAAACAGUCCACAGGGACCCGAGUCAUGUACGCCCUCUACUUCCUGCUGGUCACCAUCAUCUGUGUCAUCAUGAUGUCCCCCACUGUGGAGGAAAAGAUGAGAGACAGUAUCCCCUUCUACAGCGAAUUGUGUGAGAAGUUGAAUGCCGGGGAGAAUUGCAAAACUCUGGUUGGCUACUCUGCCGUCUACAAGGUGUGCUUCGGCAUGGCCUGCUUCUUCUUGUUCUUCGCUAUCUUCACCAUCCGCAUCAACAACAGCACAGGCUGCAGGGCGGCCGUGCAUAACGGGUUCUGGUUGCUGAAGUUCAUUGUGCUGGCGGCGUGCUGCGCUGGAGCCUUCUUCCUCCCGGAACAGGACAUUUUUCUGGAAGUGUGGCGCUACAUAGGAGCAUUUGGCGGAUUCAUUUUCCUGCUGAUCCAGCUCAUGCUGUUGGUGGAGUUUGCACACAGAUGGAACACAAACUGGAGUUCAGGAGUGGGUUACAAUCGUAUGUGGUACGCAGCUUUGGCCUUUGCGACUCUGACGCUGUUCAGCCUUGCAGUAGGAGCCUUAGUCUUCAUGGGUGUGUUCUACACCGACCCCGAGGCCUGUUCACUUAACAAGAUCUUCCUGGGCAUCAACGGCAGCCUGUGCCUCAUUGUCUCCCUGUUGGCCAUCUCCCCAUGCAUACAGAAACUGCAGCCCACAUCAGGCCUGCUGCAGCCAGGAGUCAUCAGUUUGUACGUCAUGUACCUCACCUUCUCAGCCUUCUCCAGCAAACCAGAAGAAAUGGUGGAGAGAGAUGGUGUGAACACCACCGUGUGUGUGUUUCCCUUCGACUCUGGGAUGAAGAGCGACAAGAGUAUUGUCACAACUGUUGGAACCGUUAUCCUGUUUGGCUGCGUCCUUUACUCUUGCUUGACGUCCACCACCAGACGAAGCUCUGCGGCACUCAGAGUGUGUAGGAACAGUGAGCCAGAGGCUGAGAGAGCUCGCUGCUGUUUCUGUUUUGGAGAUGACACAGAUGAGUAUGAUGAGGAGAAGACCGGUGGAGGCCAGAACGUGGUGUAUGAUGAGAGAGAGGCAACCAUCUACAGCUACGCCUACUUCCAUUCUGUCUUCUUCCUGGGAUCCCUCUACGUCAUGAUGACCGUCACCAACUGGUUCCAUUAUGAUGACCAUAAGAUUGAGAAGCUGUUAGACGGGAGCUGGUCAGUGUUCUGGAUCAAGAUGGCCUCCUGCUGGGUCUGUCUCGUCCUCUACAUGUGGACCCUCGUCGCUCCCAUGGUCUGCCCGAAGCGCUUUGAGGCCUAGGGCCUAGGACGGACGCCCACCACUACACUACUAGAGUCAGGCAGACGUGGCCAGGCAGGAGCUCUCACGCUGAGCCAAGGGACCACCCCCCCCUCCUCCUCCCUUAUCUUGAAACACAACCCUACACUACCCUCAGCGUUCAAAAUUGGAGGAUUAUCUGUUGCCUUUGUGUUUUAUAUGCUAGUGUUUAUUUUACUUUGUUUUACAACGUUAAGCUGUUUAAUACCUUGAUGGUAAUUUUGUUAUCUUUUACUACCACUUACUCAUGGAGUUUUGUAUUACUUACAGAUUUGAAAUUGCAUGAAGAAUCAUGGGAGUUGAGUUACAUUGGGAAUCCUUACAUUGUUACAUCCGGCCCCUAUAGAUUUCUUCAUAAUUUCAGAUUUGAAAGUGUUUUUUGUAAGUAUUUCCUGUGUGUGUCCGUUUUUUUUCUUGGAUUCUCGCUUUUUACUCUCAGCCAGGCAUUUCACUUCUGUACAGUUGGACCAUAAAGUUGUAGCAAAGUUUUGGGACAAAUGUAGUUCAGGUUAGAGAUGUUACAAGAGAAAUUGUAUUUAUUUAAGUGUGUCUUAAGUAAUCAGAAAUCAUUUUGUGAAGGAAUGUGGCGUGAAUUGAAUUAGAUUUGUCCCCGACUCUGUUUAAGAACUCAUCUCUCAGGCUCACAUGUAAGCUGUAUAUGUUUGUGCUUUGUUAUAUUGCUCCCUUUUGUAGAAGUUUUCUAUGCAAACGGAACAAGCUCUUUUCGAUAUUAUACCCAGUGUUGUGAAGUUUCCACUUAGGUUACAAGGAUGUUUCACAUUUUAUUAAUGUCAGAGCUCCAUUUGAGCCAGAUCUUUUUCUUAGGAAAAUCCAUGUCGUCUGUACAACGUUUCCAGUCAUCGUUGUUGUACAGGGCAGUGCUCUUCAAAUCAACCUGCCUUAUUAUGUAAGAGUGACGUUAGUGGGGUGCUGCCUCUCUGGAAGAGCUGCAGUGUCACAGAUGAGGAUUGUUUGCCAAAGGUAGAUGUCAGAAAACAACCAACUACUCUAUCAGAACUGUUUGGUCAGUUACAGAGAAAAAAUAUAACUGAGAACAUUAUGUAUUUGCAUGCACACUUAAAGCAGCUGUUUUCUGUACAGUUAUAAAGGCUUUUGUUACAUGUGUCAGCUCAUAAUGGUGGUCAGAAAAAGGUAGCAUGAGUGCUUUUAUUAGUGAGUUAUUCAACACUGGAUGUUGAGUUUACCGACGAGUUAAAAAUUCACACAAAGACCUUCACCUGUUUACCUGUGUAACAGACUUUCUUUUUUUGCACAUUGUCAACUGCCAGUCAUUUUUUUUCUCAUUCAAAAAUAAAUCAGUAUGUCCUUUUGUCUGAUUGUGCUCCUAACAUGCUGUAUGUACAUUUUGGCUUAUUAAGUUCUGUGAUCUGUGGAAAGUUUCAUUCAAUUUAUGCUUUAUAUACCUGCAACAUCUGUGUCAUGUGACUUAUCUUUUUUUGGAAAACAUUUCUGCAUUUUAUUGGUAUGAAUGUAGAAAUUAAAUGGUGCUCUGCAGCUUUGAUAUCAAUCUUAACAAAAACUUAAAUCAGAGAGCAUGACCCACUGUGAAGGCUGUGUACUACCAUCACAGACAGGAACACUUCUGGAAGUAGUGUGUUUGAAUACAGAGAUGUGGGUGCCAUGCAGUUCAUUGUUCAAACUCUUUCAAUAAAACAUCCAUUCAACGCCA